AUGGCUCAGACAAAUGGCACGACUAAGAUCUCAUACGAUCCCAACUUCACCUCGGCGGUCAUCAAUGCCACCGGGCCCAACUGCUCGCCGCGUCUCCGCGAGGUCAUGACCGCUCUCAUCCAUCAUGUCCACGACUUUGCACGAGAAGUCAAUCUCACAACUGACGAGUACAUGGCUGGAGUGUCAUUACUCAACUGGGCCGGACAGAUGAGCACCGAUCGCCGGAACGAAGGCCAGCUUGUGACUGACGUGAUUGGACUGGAGAGCCUUGUCGAUGAAAUCACGUACAAGCAGGCUUCGGCGCAUUCUGGGAGCGCAACAUCCAGUGCCAUCCUGGGACCGUUCUGGCGGGACACGCCGGAGAGGCGGUGGGGAGAGAGUGUGGUUGACAAGGUGCCCGACGACGGCAAGGUGGCUUGGGUGUAUGGGAGGGUGACGGAUGCGGCGACUGGACAGCCGAUCAAAGGAGCGUUGGUCGAUAUUUGGCAGGCCUCCACGAACGGAUUGUAUGAACAGCAAGAUCCAGACCAGCCCGACCACAACCUACGGGGCAAGUUUCGGACGGAUGAUGAAGGCAACUAUGCGUUCUACUGUCUGAGACCGACUCCAUAUCCGGUGCCCGGAGAUGGUCCAGCCGGGAAGCUACUCGAUCUCCUAGACCGUCACCACUACCGACCAGGACACAUCCACUUCAUUGUACUGGCAGACAACUACAAAUCCAUCACCACCCAAGUAUUUGACAAUGAGACCGAGUAUCUGGACAACGACAGCGUGUUCGCUGUGAAGGACGGCCUGACCGUCAAAUUUUCUCCAAGAAAAGGCGAUACGAAGGCGAAUUGGGAACUGAAGUAUAAUAUUUCGAUGGCCCCGUUGGAAGAGAAGGGCGCCGGCAAUGUGCCCAGUGCACCAGUCGCUUCAUACUAA